GCGGCCUUUCGCUGGCUGGGAAGCUCUCCCUGUAUUUUCUUCAAUAAAAACACCCUCUUUUUUAUUCAUUUUCGACUCCGUUGCACUCCCCAUCCCCAGAAAGCCCCGGCCAAGGGCGGUGGGGGGAGCGGUGUACCGGCAGCCCGGCGGACAUUACAUGACUGACUCCUGGCGCACCCGACGGGUACUGCACCGCCGGCGAAGGACGAGCCGGUGCCGACACCGCGACCCCGAGAAGCCCCCACGCCGAGACAAGGAGAAACACCCGCUCCGGCCGCGGCGGCCCGGCCUCCCUCCGCCCGCUGUGAGAGGCCGCCGCCGGCCCCGCCGCCACACACCGCCCACCGCGCCCGGCCUCACCCCUCCGGGCCUCCCCGCCGCCCCAACCAAUCGACCGCCGAGCGACUCGCCCCGCCUCUCGCUCUGCCCGCUCCCUCGGCACGCUAAUCGAGGUGUCGGUGGAUCGUCUCGCUUGGCUUGGCGACGGGCGGGGCGCGCGCCCGUCGCGCGGGUGCGCCGUGCCGGGGAGGGGACGGCGGCCGUCGCCAUUUUGCAGGAAGAGGUGCUCUGUACCAGAGCAAGAUUGGUCACCUACCUACCAGGGUUUUAUUCCUUAGUCAAAAGAGUUGCAAAUCCCAAGGCUUUUUCUACAGCAGGGUCCUCUGGCUCAGAUGAGCCUCAUGUUGCUGCUACACCUCCUGAUUUAUGUCCGAGAACCGUAUGGCCAGAUGAAGUAAUGGGUCCAUUUGGCCCUCAGGACCAGAGAUUCCAGUUGCCUGGUAAUAUUGGUUUUGACUGUCACCUAAAUGGCACUGCUUCUCAGAAGAAAAGCCAAGUUUCAAAAAGUCUGCCUGAUAUAUUAGCAGAGCCUUCAGCAAGUGAAAGGCAUGAAUUUGUCAUGGCACAAUACAUAAACGAAUUUCAGGGUGCUGAUGUUCCGCAGAAACAGCAAAUCAAUAGUGCUGAAACUUACUUUGAAAAUGCAAAGGUAGAAUGUGCAGUACAAGCUUGUCCUGAACUGCUACGAAAAGACUUUGAGUCAAUGUUUCCAGAAGUGAAUGCCAACCGUUUAACGAUAUUAACUGUCACCCAGAAGACUAAAAAUGAUAUGACUGUAUGGAGUCAAGAAGUGGAGGAUGAAAGAGAAAUGCUGUUAGAAAAUUUCAUUAAUGGUGCCAAGGAAAUUUGCUAUGCGAUUUGUUCCGAAGGCUAUUGGGCUGACUUCAUUGAUCCAUCCUCAGGACUGGCAUUUUUUGGACCUUACACAAACAACACUCUCUUUGAAACAGAUGAACGCUACCGCCACUUGGGAUUUUCCGUUGAUGAUCUUGGCUGCUGCAAAGUUAUUCGUCAUAACAUCUGGGGUACUCAUGUGGUUGUAGGAAGUAUUUUCACUAAUGCUGAACCUGACAGCCCUAUCAUGAGAAAACUAAGUGGAAACUAGCAGUCAUCAGGGUUUCACAAGUUCUUACGACCUUUGCAUUCUUUUACUUGAUGAUUCUCUCUAAGCAUUGUCAGGAAAUGCCACACUUUAAAGUAUUCUUAGGUAAUAAAGUAGUUGUUAUUUAUUUUAGUCUUUGUGAAUAUGUGUUCACCACACGUGACUUAGAAUAUUAAUUGACAACAUUCAAACAGAUGAUACCUUAAUGUGCCACAUGAGUUUUAAGCUGUGAGUUUCCUUCGUCUUGAAUGAGUUUAAACAUACAUGUACAUAGCUAUCUGCAUAUCCUUUUUUAAUAUUAUCUUACAAGCCACGCUUCUUAACCAUUUUGUCUUUCAGUGUCUAACAAGUCUAUGCUCUUGGUAUUAAAAAUCCUGAUGCCACUGAAGUUUCUAGGAAUUGUGCUACUUGAAAUGUGGCAAAAAAAAUCCAAACUGGAAUUCCCAGAAAAAAAUUGUUCUCCCAGAAUAUGGAACUUCAUAAAAACUGCAGAAGUUAAUGCCAGACUAAUCGCUUGUUUGCUGUUCUAAAAUGAGAACAAUGAGAUAAGCUUUCGGGGGUGCUCUACCUACAAGUGAUACUUCAAUAGGGGAGUGCUCACUUGAUUGCUACAUCCACAGACUCAGUAAAAAGUCUUAAAUUAUUCUAGAAUCAGUCAUCUCAUAAUGUUUUUUGCCUUUAUAUUGCUUGGGAUUUUAUUUUCUCAGUGUUAGCUAAAUAUAUUUAAUUAGUUUAUAUACGUAAAUGUAAUUUACAGUUGCUUUUGUAACUUUCUUAGGUCAUUAAAUACAUUGUGGAAAAAAAAAAAGAUAAUAGGACAAUGCUUGGAUAUCAUCAUUGUUUUCCUGUACUUGGGUGCAAUUUAGACUUGUCUCUGUGGAAUUUUGAAAUGCCUGUGCAAAGAGCAAUUAUGAUCAAUUAUUGCAAUUAUGAUCAAUUAUAAAAAUAUUUCAACAGGAAGGUUUCAGUAAACUAGUCAGUCUCUUCAGGUAUCGUAAAAACAAUCGGGUCAGUUGAAGUUACUGGUGGAAGAACAGUGAAGAAAAUUCAGUGCACCUGAAACUGUGGAGCUCUGUUGGCAGCCUCGCUGCAGAGACCAAGUAACGAACUAGAUUUUAAUCUCAUCGCAGUCAGUUAUCGGGGCUGUUUGUUAAUACACCACUGCUGUAGCUCUGCCAGUUCCUGUAACAAUGGGAAUCCUUCAGUCUUGAUUCCGUCAAAAUUUAGUGCAACUUUUGUCUGGAAAAUGGCUAUACAAGAUAAUGAUCUGUCUUCCUGUCAGAUAGGUAGGGGUUUUAAUCAUUGUGUCUUUUGCCAAUGUGAACUAACCAAUGUGGAUUUGAAACUUGUUCUACGUUUGUAUACUACUCUGUUCCCUACUCAGGGUCUAAGCCAGUUAUCACCAAAGUCUUUUUAUCGGCUUCAAUGGGUUUAGAACCAGAUCCUUUACCAAGUGCCUGUACCUGUCCUUGUUAAGGAUUGCUGCAAGCCCAUAACUCUGCUGGAUCACGGAGGUGGAAGUGAGGAGGACUUUCUGCUGAAGAAGUGAGUGCUGUCUACUCUUAAGUAGACAGAAAUUACUAAGCCAGCAGCAAUUCAGAGAUUAUCUUACUCCCCUACCAUCGUCAUCACUGUUGGCUCUAGGCUGCGCACAUUCCAAGGUUGAAGUGUAUGGCUGUUGAGGCAGGAUUUGUUUAUCGCUUUGUUGUGGAAUUUGUGCUGUAUUUCCAGAGCCCAGGUCCUUGACCUCCUCUCUACUGUCCAAGAAAGCUGUAUUACUUCAAAGUCUUUCAUUGAUUUCCCCCCCCCGCCCCCGAUCAAGAGGAUUAAAAAAGCUUGAGAAGCUGCACUGUGUCUUGUCUGUUUGCAAAAUACAAUUAUUUUGCAGAACACAAAUUAGCUCAUUUGAUAAAAGAGGCUUAGUGUCUCCCUGGACUAUUCUCCACUGUUGUGGAGAACUUUGUUGGAUAAGUAUUAGAAAAAUAAAUUCUGUGAAUGGUUCACAUAUAUUUUAACUACAUUGAAGACUCUUGAUGCUAUCUUUUCUUUAGGUGACUGUGCUGUUCUUGCCUUUCUCUUUUUUAUAAGGGGUGGGGGCUGUCAGACAGCUAUGCAAUUCAAGCUUGGGAUGCUAGUGUUUGAGUUCGUAUCCAUUACAGUUUCGGCCUGGAAAGGGCUUUUACAGUGGCUUUUCAAAUGGCUUCAACCCAAGGCAAAAAUCUCACUGAAGAUAACGGUGAGUUUUGCCUUGACUCUGCUAAUACUAAUGUUCCAUAACAGAAUUUGAGGGGAAGUAUAAUUUCUCGGUAUUUUUCUAAGUAAGAUUUUCUCAUACAUUUUUGAUUCCAGUUCAAUUUCCCUCACAGCAGAAGAGCUAUACUGUGCCUUAAUGAACUUGCUACUAUGAAAUAAAAGUUCUUGAAUGCAGUGUGA